UGAAGCCGGAAGUGUUUUACUCUGUUAGCAUCCAGCGGUGAGUUGGAGCGCUAACAUUUUAUCACUUAAUUCUGGGUCUUCGUGCUUCAAAGUCUGUCUACAACGGCGACGUUAGCUUGACUAUCAACAUAACGUAAACAAGCAACGUUAACGGCGACAUUUGUCUCCUUCAUGGACUGAAGCCUUCAUUUACUCCGCUCGCUGCUAAGCUGACAUGGCUGCCAACCCUCCUGGACAAGGCUUUCAGAACAAGACCCGGGUGGCCAUCCUGGCGGAGCUGGACAAGGAGAAGAGGCGGCUGUUGCAGAGCCAGUCCAUGAACAGCCCGGGGGCCAACAUCCCCCUGUCGUCCAGACCGAGCCUGAAGGAAGUGAGGGACAGCGCGGAGCAGCAGCACAUCGCCGCCCAACAGAAGGCCGCUCUUCAGCACGCUCACGUCCACUCCUCGGGCUUCUUCAUCACUCAGGACUCGUCGUUUGGGAACCUCAUCCUCCCGGUGCUACCCCGAUUGGAGCCGGACUUUUGACUCUGAACGUCCCGACACAUAGUGACCAGUGGACAGUGGCAACAGCUCACAUGCCAACUUAUACCUGUCAUGUUGUUUCUCUGUUAUAUGCGACCGGUGUCUUGUAAUCAGUCUAAUGGUGAUUUAAACAUUCAAAUUAACCUCACUGACAGAAUAAAACAUGUUAUUUG